AUGUAGAAUAUUACAAAAUUAAUGCUCUACUAAUUAUAUAGAGCUAAUUAUACUGGGUUAGUCAGUCAAUCAGUCAGUAACUAAGUAAAUACACAAAUAACAAGCAAGGGGUAUUUAUUUAUUUGCUUAAUAUCCACUUAUAAUCACUAUAGAAGUUUUAUUGUAUCAAGUAGCAAGAUGAAUUAUAUUACCCCCGAUCAAUCUAUUACUUUUAGUGUAAUUACUCCUAUUUAAGUGUAAAAAAAAGUGAAUAGUAUAAUUCUUCUAGAUGUAAUGUUAUUAAUCAAACAAAGAAGAUUCACUUUAAUGAUCCUUUUCUUCAAUUCUUAAUAUAAAUAUUAUUAAACUUUACACAUUUAAUAAUCAAUUUACUAUUAAAAAAAGAAAAUUUUAUUUGUUUUUAAAGAAGAUUGUAGUUAAAAUGAAAAAAAAAAAAAAAAUUUAUGA